AUAAUAAUGAGGAGGGGAAGGGGAAGGUGUGUGAGUGAUUGUACCAGGCAAGUACUCUUACCUGUACCUCUCUUCUCUCUUUCUCUUUCCUCAUCAUCUUUUUAUUUAUUCAUUUAUAUUUUUAAAUUUCUGCCUACAAACUCCAACUCCAAAUUCUCGCCUCUUUCGCCUCUUUCUUCACUUCUAUAUAUAUUCUUCCCAUCUCCUCCCGAUCUCCACGCUCUCUCUUUCAAACCGAACCAAACAGAUAUUCAAAUCUCAAUUCCUUCUUCGUAAUCCUCUCUCUCUUCUUCUUCUUCAUCAAUAUUCAGGAUUCAGAUCAAUCAUCAUGAAGCAGUUGAUUCGCCGCCUUUCCCGAGUCGCUGAUUCCUCUCAAUAUUGUCUUCUCCGAUCCGACUCUCAAUCCGCCACCAAACUCCGCCGUUCGCGAAUUCUCCGUUCCGCCACCGUGCCUCAGGGCCACGUCCCCGUUUACGUCGGAGAAGAGAUGGAGAGGUUCGUGGUCAGCGCUCAGCUCCUGAACCACCCGAUCUUUGUGGAGCUCCUCAACAAAUCCGCCCAAGAGUACGGCUACGAACAAAAAGGCGUUCUACACAUUCCCUGUCACGUUCUCCUCUUCGAGCGGGUCCUCGAGGCUCUCAGACUCGGUGAUUACGCCUCGCCUCAUCUCCAAGAUCUUCUUUCCUCCCUCUCUCCAGACCUCCACUCAUAGCUUUCUUGUAUUUUUAGAGAGAUUGUUCUUUAUUUUUCUGUAUAUAGGCUAGGCUUUCUGAUUUUGGUUUUUCUUUUCUCAUAGACAAUUAGUGUGUCAAAGGGAGUGAUCGAGGACAAAAUUUUUAGCUUCUUUUUUCUCCUUCCGAUGUAAAUCCACAAGGAUACUACAUUCUCUGUUACGGACACCGCUUAACCGCAAUUUGAUGAUCAAUCAUGGAUUAUUGCUUUUUCUCCCCCAAAUUUUCUCCUUCCUGUUUCUCUAAGUGGAUCUCCAAGAUUCUGGGUGGUUGGUGUUUGUGGUAAUCAAAACUAACGAGAGAGAUCGAUCUUAUUCUGCAAUUCACCGGAACACAAGCAACUAAAUGGAAAGAAGGCAGUGGCGAAGUAAUAUUGCUAAUACGACGAGAAAUAAAUCCAGUAGUCUCCGAUUACCUUGAUUAAUGACCGGCCGGCGGCGUCCAGGGAUUCGAUUCCGAGGAGAUCGAAGAUAUCGUCCGGCGUCCUUUCGCGGUCUGAGAGUCGCAGCCGCCGUGGGAUUCGGCGCCCUGCCCGUGCCCUGCUAAUGUUAGAAUUGAAAUUUUACCCAUAAAAAAUUACAUCCUUUCAUCAA